AACUGAUUUUGUGUUGCGAAAGGAAACUUACUUAUUCACAGGAUGUUGUUAGGUAAAAAUCUGUUGCGUAAAAUAUCUUUCACAGAAGUAGAGAACAUAGAGUUCCUUUAGAGAAUGACGUCAGGCUUGUUGGUAUGAUGUCAUACAGGUGUGUUGAUACGUCGUUAGAUAUCCUGAUAGGAUGUUAAAAUCAAUUCAAACGUGAAGGGCAGCACUCAGCAUGCAUGUAAGCACUUCACAGUCCAAGGGCAUAGAAUUCCACACAACACAAACACUUUGUCGUUUGAACGCUGAACCUCUGGAUUAAAUCAUUAAACAAAACUUUUAUUGGAAAGCCAAAGAGACUGGAAAACAAUAAUAAGAGGCGUUAGUUUAACAUGAAGAUAAACCAACCAAGUGUGUUGUUUUGGGCUGUCAUCGCUUCAUACUUCCUGUGUGAUCCUGCGGUCGGCAAAUGCAAUAGUAUUCUUGGCUACGGUAUAGGAGACGUGGAUUGUGUUAAACUCAAGGGAUACAGCGGCCACCAAAUAGCUGCAUGUCGGAGUAAUUGGUACAUAAAACAGAAAUCAAGAGGCAAAUACAAUUGCGGACCAUUUAACAUUUAUCCAGUUUGCUACUACCAAUGCAUGAUAGAUCUGUAUGGAAAGAAAGGUGGACCAAUUUAUCAAAAAUGUCUAUGUGAUCCAACUGACCCUGGACGACUAACAUAUCCAGGUUUAGAUUACACACCAAUUCCCCCAGGGCCAAUCACCCCGUUUACUGUACCUUCAUCUUGCUACACACCUGAUCCAAACAAUUGCACGUGGUAUAAACAGUGUUUCAACCGAGCCUUUGCAAUCUGCAAUAGGCAAACUAAAGACACAAUCAAGUUCCUUACAGAAUUUUGUAGCAUUACCCGGCACAAGAAACCAAACGUUCUCCAAGUAACUAGAGAGUGUGUCACACGCAAAUUAGGACUGCUCUUAGACACCAAUAAAAAAGUAAAGAGUUGUGGGCAUUUAAUACCCACCGCUAUGGAUAUUUAUACACAAUGUUAUCACGAACUGGGUUCGAAAUUUUGUGACGUCAGCAAAGAAGAUCGAUUUGAAUUAUUUUGGCACCUCAGACGAAACUCGUCUUAUCAUUAUUCCAACAGGAAUGGGUUAGCAGACAUUGAUGAUUUUCUCAAUUUGACUAAAGGAUGUAAAGAUAUUGCAACAGAUGACGCUCUUGUUCAAACGGUUAAAGCAAAACUUGAGGAGAAAGAGCGCGAAGCUGAGAUUGUUCCAAGGGUGUCGAAGGAUUUACAAAUCGCUGAAUUACGAAUCAAAACUUGGCUUGAAAACCCACCAGUUUCACCAAUACAAGUUGAUAUGAUACUCGCGGAAAAUAGAUGGUUUCCAGGCUGGGAUUCUAGUUUAAAGGAACAAUCAUCAAUCGCUUUUAAGAUUGUACAAGAAUUGGCUUCAUUUGAACAAUGGAAGGAUAAGAACGUGGCAUGGUUUGCCUAUGCUGUGAGUGACGGUGAAAACUCGAAAAUAAGAUUACUCUUGGAUGAUCGUUGUAAAUUCACCAACACAUCUUCAUCGUGUCAGGUAAAUCUCGCCACGAUAUUGGUGGCACUAAGCAAGAGUGUGUUGGACAAAAAUUUGUAUCUCAAAGUUGGUGACAAGGACGUUCAGAUUAUCAAACUGAUUGGUUGUCUGGAUUUAGAAUGCGAGGAACAUGCUUUUAAUGUUGGAAGUUCAACGGAGGUUCAAGCUUCAACCAAAUGUAAAACUAGAAAUGGAGUAGUCAUUUGCGGUGCGGCCGACGCCCCCAGGUCAAUGCGCAUGCUCUCCUUUGUCUGUCUUUUCCUAUUAGUCACAAACUUUCUGUUUUAAUAAUAAACAAAACCGCAUUGCCAUAAAAUGAUAUUUCUUUACAAGUGUAAGCACAAAUAAAAUUAUGUAGCGUUAUCAAG